AUGCACAAGCACCUGCCGGGGACCAGCCCAUCCUCCUUGGAAGUCUGUCUAAAAGGAGCCAGGCCCAGGGCAGGGUAUGGGAAAUCAGGUUGCAGCAUAACUGGGGCAGCCUUUCUGGUCUGCUCUGGGGAAGGGGCAGAGCUGAGAGAGACCACGUGUUCCCCAUUUCCUUGCAAGAGGAAGGGGGCAGCCUCUCCCCUCUGCGUUUCACAAUUGGUCUCUGAGCCCAAGAUUGCACGGGGACCCUGGCAGGCACUGAGUGCUCAGUGCUGGCUCCUGCCAGGUGGUUGCAGACUCAGCCCCUCUCACUGGAGUCGUGAGGCCACAGGACAUCCUGACAGAGGUCUCUUUGAAGCUACAAUUUGGAAUUCUCCAGAAUUAGAGAUCAUGGAGCUGUUAACGUCUCCAGGGCCUGCUGCCUCCUGCUUCUCUGAGCUCAGAGCCACCCGGUGCCUGGCAGCACUGCCUUUAGCACUGGCCCUUUCCCUUCAGGGCCUGCCCAGCUGUGGCUCCUGCAGGAGGAGCUCCUGGCCCCCUGUGGAGAGCCACCACCCCUUCCAUGCAGUCCCUAAGUACUCAGCUCCUUAUUACAGGCUGGCUCCACUUCUGGGCUCUGAAAUUGCCUACCGGGUGUUCUUCCCAACGAUGAUUAUAAGGUUCUUUAAGGACAAACUCCUAAUCCUGGGCUCAUAGGCCCCUGGGAGGUCCGUGGGUGGGCUGCAGAGGGCCUAGAAUUAUAUGCAGAACUAUGUGUGUGUGUGUUGCACUUUUCUGGGGGCAAGUUCAUUACUUUCAUCAGAUUCUCUAACUUGUCUGACCUAAGACAUACCGUGAGACUGGCUUAGUCUGUUUCCUGCUGCUGUAACUGAAUACCACAGACUGGGUAAUUUAUACAGAAUAAAGGCGUGUGCAGCACAUGGUCCUAGAGGUCCGAGGUUAAGGGGCUGCCUCUACUGAGGGUCAUCUUGUUGGUUGGGGCUCCCCAAAAAGUCUUAAGGUGGCGAAGAGCAUCACAUGGCCAGAGGGUACGAGUUCCCGGUAUUCAGUCACGAGGGCCCUGCCCGAGGACCUUAUCUAGGUCUAAUUACCUCCCAAAGACCCCCCCUCUUUCUACCACAGCUGGAUUAAGUUUCUCCCCUCUUAAUACUUCACAGAACAGUUACAUUUCAACACGAAUUUCAGUGAGGCCAUUCAAGCCAUAGGGACUUUCUCACAGAUUAUCUUUGUU